AUGGCGAGGUGCUACUGUCGGCUGCGUAAAGUAUUAAUCUGUAUGUGCGGCCCAUGCAUCUUCCUGGCUCUUCUCUUUAUCUACAUGAUUUUCAUGGUGUGUAUGGCCAUGAAUAGUUCAGCGACACCAGGAACCAUGGUCCAAGCACAAGGCAGGGAAAGCUCUCACUUUGUAGCCUUAGGAGCUUAUAGUAACAAGGGCUUUGCACCAUACCCUUUUACUUUCUGGGACCUCCACUCACAUAAGGAUGCCAUUUGGAACCAACUCCAAUUGGCAGUGGACCGCAAUGUCAACCCCAUUCUACACCCUAACAUCUUUGAGCUGGAAUUAAAAAAUAGCAAGUUUCACGAGUCUCUACUGAUACAAAGUUUCUCUGAAGUAACUAAUUGGGACAGUACUCAAGAAAAGUUUAAAAAGCUACCACAGCAGAUGCAGGACUUUAUGAGCCACAUGCAAAUUAGAGACUAUCCAACCCUAAACCAGCCAGAUGGAGUAUGCGGAGCUGGGGCCAAGGAUGAGAAGGAGCCCCCUCUCCUUUUACUGGCCAUCAAAACAACUGAGGUAAAUUUUAAAAAUCGGCAAGCCAUUCGACAGACUUGGGGCCAGGUGGGAUGGAGAGCAGGAACAAAGGGAAAUAACAGUAAGAGAGAAAGUGGAGGAUAUGUCCGCAGGGUGUUCCUGCUAGGCAAAGAAGACCCUGAAGAUCUUGGUGUAGAUUUAUCAAACUUACUCCAGUCGGAAAGUAAACAGUAUGGAGAUAUUCUACAGUGGGACUUCAAGGACACAUUUUUCAACCUUACCCUAAAAGAUGUGCUCUUCUGGAGCUGGUUCUCACGCUUCUGUGACCAGACACUUUUUGUCUUUAAGGGGGACGAUGACGUGUUUGUCAAUACCUUCAACAUGAUAACCUUCCUUCAAGAUCAGCUAAAUAUGCCACAAGCAAACAGGACCUUAAAAGACUUCAUGGUUGGCGAUGUUAUUGGGGAAGCUAUACCUAGUCGAGUCAACAAGUCCAAGUACUUCAUUUCUGACACAUUCUAUAAGGGUCUCUAUCCUGUAUAUGCAGGUGGUGGAGGAGUGGUAUACACUGGCCUGUUGGCCAAACGUCUAUAUAACAUUUCUAAAAGGGUUCACUUGUUCCCCAUUGAUGAUGUUUAUGUAGGAAUGUGUAUGUUUCGGCUAAACACUCAACCCAUCCACAACCCAGCCUUCCUCACAUUUGAUUUUCCCGCAAAGGAAGAGGAAGAGAUGUGUGCUUACCACAAAAUCCUACUGGUUCACAAACGAAGCCCAAACCAGGUAGUCAGACUUUGGGCUAACAUGAAAAAGACACAGUUACUAUGUAAGAAUGUGCCCCUCAGAGAUGAAAACAAGAAGAAAAAUAGACCAAAACUGAUUGCCUCUUCAUAG